AUGCAAGAUGCAGAAACCAAUAUCACGACGACUUUCAUUCAGAAAGAACAAGCGACGGAUGGGUUAAUCGAUUCGAUAAAUGCCACAAGUAAUCAUUCAUCAAAUCCAGCACGAACUCUCGUUCGACAAUCGACUAUUAACUAUAAGCGAACACCAAUUGAUGCUGAUGUCGUGAAAUUACCUGUACCCGCUGGUGAACCAUCGAUCAACGUAGAACAUGAUGCGAGUGUUUUAGGAGUAUCGGGCUAUUCAAUUCUUCGGUAUAUGUAUAUAGCACUUAUUAUCUAUUCAUUCAUCGUUUCAUACGUGACAGGUUGUUAUUGGUAUACAAUGUUCUUAUUUUAUUUUGUGGAAUAUAUUGCUUUUUACUUGUGGCAUUUGCAAGCUCAUCAUAGAAUUUGGUGGAUACCAUUUAAUGAAGGUUGUUAUAAGAAACAUAAAGAACAUCAUUGGGAAAUUUAUCCACCAAAAGACUUUUACGGUGCACGAAAGCAACAGAUAGACCAAAUGAAUAGUUCUAAAAGUAAUGUUGAUCCAUUACCAAUAUCAUGGUGGGAUUAUAUGCGUCACAAAACAUGGAUUUCUGAUCAUGAAGGUUUACUUAUUCUGUUAACAUUCAUUCAAUUGAUUCUUGCUCGUCUAGUUUUUCAUUGUUCAUAUUCGACAAUUGGAUGUGCCUUUUUCGGGUACAUGAUUAUGGCUUUUAUUGGAAAUUGGCUUCAUCAUGCCUAUCAUGUUGAAGAUCAUUGGCUUGAACGUUUUAAAUGGUUUCAUGAAUUGCGUGCCCUUCAUUAUAUACAUCAUUUGGGUACGGCUAAACAUAACUAUGGAGUACUUAAUAUGACUCUUGACAGAUUUCUUGGCUCGUUCACCUUCAGUGGUACCAAAACUAACAAGACAAAUCAAUCUCAAGACAAACGUCAAUAG